GGCUCUUAAAGGGACAGGCCUCCCCCCCCCCCCCCCAGAAAAGCCACGAAGCCUAGGACGGACGGAGCCGCCGGGGACCAGGGGAGAUGGCGGAGGAGAAGGUGCUGGUGACGGGCGGAGCCGGCUACAUCGGCAGCCACACGGUGCUGGAGCUGCUGGAGGCGGGCUACGUCCCCGUGGUCGUCGACAACUUCCACAACGCCAUCCGGGGGGCAGGGGGCGUCCCCGAGAGCCUGCGCCGCGUGGAGGAGGUCACGGGGAGGACGGUGGAGUUCGAGGAGGUGGACGUACUGGACGGCGCGGCCCUGCGGGGGCUCUUUGAGAAGCACGACUUCGCCGCCGUGAUCCACUUCGCGGGCCUGAAGGCGGUGGGCGAGUCGGUGCAGAGACCCCUGGACUACUACAGAGUCAAUCUCACCGGGACCAUCCAGCUGCUGGAGACCAUGCAGGCCCACGGGGUGCGGAAGCUGGUCUUCAGCAGCUCGGCCACGGUGUACGGGACCCCCCGCUACCUCCCGCUGGACGAGGGCCACCCCGUCGGGGGCUGCACCAACCCCUACGGCAAGUCCAAGUUCUUCAUCGAGGAGAUGGUCCGGGACCUGUGCCGGGCCGAGGAGGGCUGGAACGCCGUGCUGCUGCGCUACUUCAACCCCACCGGGGCCCACCCGUCGGGACGCCUCGGCGAGGACCCCCAGGGCGUCCCCAACAACCUGAUGCCCUACGUGUCGCAGGUGGCCGUCGGCCGGCGGGAGGUCCUGAGCGUCUUCGGCGACGACUACGCCACGGAGGACGGGACAGGCGUCCGCGAUUACAUCCACGUGGUGGACCUGGCCAGAGGCCACAUCGCCGCCCUGGGGAAGCUGAAGGAGAACUGUGGCUGCAAGGUCUAUAACCUGGGCACGGGCACCGGCUACUCGGUGCUGCAGAUGGUCGAGGCGAUGGAGAGAGCUUCGGGGAAGACGAUCCCCUACAGGGUCGUGGCUCGGAGGGACGGCGACGUGGCCGUCUGCUACGCCGACCCCAAGCUGGCCGAGGAGGAGCUGGGCUGGAAGGCCGCCUUCGGCCUGGACGAGAUGUGUGAGGAUCUGUGGCGUUGGCAGAAGAACAACCCUCACGGCUUCGGCGCCGCAGCCUGAUCCGCCACGUCCGGGCCCGGGCCCCUCCUCCCGCUCCCCGGGGGCGGCCCGCCAGGAACGGGGUGGUGCGACCGUGUCUCCUUCCCCCUUGGCAGCCGGGGCCCCGCCGGGCAGCCCUGCCUCGGCGGCCUGUCGGGUCACCUGGCCGUCUCGGUUCGUCCCCUCCCGCCCUACCCCUCCCGCCAUCCCCCCCUACCCCGACGCCGCGGGGGGAGCCCACCUACCUCAUCUCGCCCCGGGGCGGGUCGGGCUCCCAAGCCCCCUGCCCCUCGCCCCGCCUGGGGCCGGGGUCCAUCCCCUGCCCCUCGUGGGACCGACCCCAGGGGCCGGGG